AUGAAGUUCUUGAACAACCGGGCCGAGAGCCACCUCACCGGGCAGGUGGAUAGUGAGCUGGACAGCAUGGGUAACGGGGCUUGGGUGAACCACGGCUACUGUGAAUCUCCUCCACCCUUACCCCAGGUUGUCAGCGCUAUCUACAGCCCCCAGCCUCUUUUCCAGGACUCCAUGGAUAGCAUAUACAAACUAGAUGCCCCGGACCGGUUCCCAGAGGAACCAUCAUCCCCAGACCAAAAGGUGAUGAGGAAAAGACGAGGCUGCUGUUCUUUUUUUAAAGGGUUUUGGGGCACGGCAAUGACCGAAAACACCUCGAACAACAGAGAGAAGUUUAUCCGAACCACUAUGAGGGAGUUACUGGUCUACAUAGUGUUCCUGGUGGACAUUUGCCUCUUGACAUACGGCAUGACCAGCUCAAGCACCUACUAUUACACCAAUGCCAUGACGGACCUGUUUGUGAAUUCAGCCAGUGCAAAUGGGGUUACGUUUCAGUCCAUUGGCUCCAUGGCCGACUUCUGGACUUAUGCCCAGGGUCCACUACUGGAUGGCCUCUACUGGACAAAAUGGUACAAUAACCAGCCCCUUGACAGUGGAAACAAGUCUUUCAUCUACUAUGAGAACAUGCUGCUGGGUGUUCCCAGGAUGAGGCAGAUCAAGAUGAAGAACAACUCCUGCAAGGUCCCCACAGACUUCAAAGAAGAGAUCACAGAAUGUUUUGAUGUUUACAAUGAGAAGAAAGAGGAUGACCUUAGCUUUGGCCUCAUUAAUGGCACUGCCUGGACCUACCACACAGAGAAAGCGAUCCAAGGAUCCUCUUACUGGGGCUUGCUGACCACCUACAGUGGAGCUGGAUACUAUCAAGACCUGAGUCUUGCCAAAGAGGAGAGCACUGACAUCCUAACGGAGCUGAUGGACAACCUUUGGCUGGACCGAGGAACCAGAGCAGUCUUCAUUGACUUUUCAACCUACAACGCAAACAUCAACAUGUUCUGCGUGAUCAGGUUGGUGGUUGAAUUCCCAGCAACUGGUGGUGCAAUCCCUUCCUACCAGAUCAGAACAGUUAAACUGAUUCGCUACGUCACCCACUGGGACUACUUUGUCCUUGGCUGUGAGUUGGUCUUCUGUGUGUUCAUCCUCUACUAUAUUGUGGAGGAGAUACUUGAGCUGCGGAUACAUAAGUUUGCCUAUUUAAAAAGCAUCUGGAACAUACUGGAUAUUGUGGUCAUAUUGCUCGCCAUUGUUGCCAUCGUCUUCAAUAUUUUCCGAACCAUCAAAGUAAGCAACUUGCUCGGUAAACUGUUGGAACAGCCAGACAUCUAUGCUGACUUUGAAUUUCUGGCAUUUUGGCAAAUGCAGUAUAACAACAUGAAUGCAGUGAACUUGUUCUUCGCCUGGAUCAAGAUUUUUAAGUACAUCAGUUUUAAUAAGACCAUGUCGCAGCUGUCCAACACACUCGGUCGAUGUGCCAAAGACAUCUUGGGAUUUGCCAUCAUGUUCUUCAUUGUCUUCUUCGCUUAUGCUCAGCUUGGAUAUUUACUGUUUGGAACGGAGGUUCAAUCUUUCAGCACCUUCAUGAAGUGCAUCUCCACACAGUUCAGAAUCAUCCUUGGAGACUUUGAUUAUGAUGCCAUUGACAGCGCUAACAGAGUUCUUGGACCAAUCUACUUUGUCAGCUAUGUGUUCUUUGUUUUCUUUGUUCUCCUGAAUAUGUUUCUGGCUAUCAUAAAUGACACAUAUUCAGAGGUUAAGGAGGAACUCUCGUCCCAAAAAGAUGAACUCCAACUUACUGACAUCAUCAAACAGAGCUACAUGAAGACAUUCACGAGGUUGAAACUUAAAAGAGAGAAAAUAUCAGAUGUUCAGAGGGCUCUGCAAUCUGGAUCUGGAGAAAUUGAAUUCAAGGACUUCAAAGAAACUCUUAAGGAGAUGGGACACGCUGACCAUGAAAUAUCUGCAGCCUUCUCAGAGUUUGACCGUGAUGGGAACAAAAUUCUUGACAAAGAUGAACAAGAGAGGAUGAAGAUGGAGCUGGAGGAAAAGAGGGAUGCUCUUAAUGCUGAACUCAACAAUCUUGGUAAGAAUUAUGGGAAAGAAUUACCAGAGAGGCCUCCUGUCACUUCAGAUGAGCACUCCAGUCAAAACUAUGUGGAUCAGGAAGAGUUUCUAAGACUGUCCCAACAGGUUCUCCAUAUUGAAAGCUCUGUCGCAGGCAUCACUGCCAGGAUUGAGCUGAUUAUGGACAAACUAGGAUUACGUGAGAAAGCUAAAGGGAAGGAAACAAGUACUUAAUCUGCUUCGGAUGGCCGUGUCCUCGUUCAUGAUGACCGAGCAAUGAAGGCUGAGGUGUCAUCCAGAAAACCAGGGGCUGGCACCAACUCCACACUCGACUUGCAUAUGUAAUCAGCCUUUUAGAAACAGUUGUGAAUUUUCUUGAAAUAAGCCGACACACUGACAACUAUUCAUCACACAACCUUUCAUUAUUAAAAUCAUCCGACUUGACAACAAUAAUGAUAAACCAUCAACAGGAUAACACAGUAGAAUUCAACGUCACACUCUUCUCAUGGAAAUAUGUAAAUGUUGUAUAGAUGUUUUUUGCUUACUAGGUGCCUGGCUGCACUAUGGUGAAUCUAACAUAUAGACAUCUAGGCUACCGCUUUGAGAUCCUAAUGUAAAUCUAUGUACUAUUAGAAUUGUAAUAUUAAAAAGUAGAAAAGUAGAAUCAAAAGCUAAAUUAUUAAAAUUAUGCAAUAUUAUCCAAAAUUACGCAAUGCAAAUGCCACCUAAAGUCAACUCAAGUUAUUUUGCUUUAUUGUUUAUGAAUAUUUCUUUCGCAGCUGCUCAAAAUCUAUCAGCUUAGUUUGUAAUGUUUAGUGAAGUAGUUAUUUACCAAAAUCACACGCUGGAAUAGUGCAAACAUGGCAGUGCAGGCAGGUCCUCGUUUGCAAAAAUUCAUUCACAGAUGCCAGACGACUGAAUCUAGGAAAUUAUUACAAAAACAGAUAUUAAACUUCAGUCGGUGCUGUGCAAAAGUCUUGCAUAAGCAACUUUUCUGUAGUCUUAUAAAGAUCUUUCAAGCUUUUUCUUUGGAAUUAGCUUCUUUUUCGAUCAUUUUCAGUCCGGUACUUGUGCCCACUUUUAGAAGAAUAUUUUUAAUUAUUAUUUUUGUUUUAAAAGCCACUAAAUGUUGCCAAAAUGAUCAGUUUCACCAACAUAAAGUAGCACUUUUUCUAUUAACUGAAAACAUAUAAGAAUUAAGCAAGAUAAAAGUAUAUCUUAGCAUGGUGUGAAGUGUAUCCUCAUCUUAGAUGGUUCUCAAGGAAGAGUGGCUUUCAAAAAGCCAAAGAAAACUGGGAGUAGUUUGCCAAAUGACAUAAGAACUGGACCAAAAAUCAGCAGCAGCAGGUCUUAUGAUGAGUGAUGAAUCCUCCCCAGAGCCUGCACCUCAGUGUUACUGAAGUAGUGUGGGAUCAUCACAGUGAACGGAACAAAAUGCAGCCGAGAUCCAGAGAAGAGCUUUGAAAUCUCAUUUAAGAAGCCUGGAACAAUACUUAAAAAAAUUACAAAAAAACCAAAAUACAAAACAUGACUUAAGUGUUUUGCUUUAUGCUUGCAUGUUUUCCUGGUAACAUGAAAGGGGUGGAUCCACACUUUUGCUCAGUAUUGCAACUGUGAUCAAUGUUCUUCCUUUCUAGUAACAAUGCAAAACAAAACGGAUAAAAAUGUUUGAGGACUGAUGUUUAGCAUACUUGCUGUCUAGAGGUUUGAACAUUAGGGCAAAAGCUCAAAAACUAAUUUAAAAAGAUGUUAAGGCCUUUAGAGUGUCUGGUAGGUGUCGUUUAAAUGACUUUUGCAGUGAAUGU